UGCUGAGGGUGUGGGUGUAUUAAUUACAGUUUUUGUCUUGGAUAUCGCGUUAUCGAAUGCAAAUUUGGCUGGGUCUGCUAGGUCGUGAUGCAAUUCUCUGAAUGUUGUAAACUAUGAUGGCCGCACCCGCACUGCCGCACAAACCUUACGCAGCGAAGCAAGACCAGUUUCUUUGAUUUUCCCUUGCUAUGAUGUGCUGCGUAUUUUGCAUGAGGCGUUGCGUUUGCGCAUUAUAUUUAUGGGUCAGCGGAGCAGGACCAGGAUCUCUACUUCAUCAUGCGCCUGUAUUAGUAGAGAGCUGAGAGCUGUGCCAGACAAGCAUGUGCAUGGCACAUGCUACAACGAUCUUGCGAACCCACAUCACUAUUUGCUGGUGAUACGCAUCAGUGUUGCUCACGGUCAGGGAAAAACCCAGGCUGCCGACGAACCACCC